GGUCUUGCUGGCAAAUCAGGGCCAAGAGGACAAAGAGGACCAACGGGCCCCAGAGGGCAGAGAGGACCGAGGGGCGCCACUGGGAAAGGAGGAGCAAAGGGAACAUCAGGAAGUGAUGGCCCUCCUGGUGGUUCUGGAGAGAGGGGAUUGCCUGGACCUCAGGGAGCCAAUGGUUUCCCUGGACCAAAGGGACCUCCUGGACCCCCAGGAAAGGACGGGCUGCCUGGACACCCUGGGCAGAGAGGAGAAGUUGGUUUCCAAGGUAAAGUGGGUCCACCUGGGCCUCCUGGAGUCGUUGGACCUCAGGGUCCAUCAGGAGAGACCGGCUCCCUGGGCGAGCGCGGCCACUCUGGACCCCCAGGUCCACCUGGAGAGCAGGGACUUUCUGGUCCCUCGGGCAAAGAGGGCACCAAGGGAGACCCUGGACCCACCGGAGGCCUCGGUAAAGACGGUCCCGCAGGACUGAGAGGUUUCCCCGGAGAGAGAGGACUGCCUGGAACCCCUGGAGGUGGAGGACUGAAGGGAAGCGAAGGACCUGCCGGACCCCCUGGACCUGCUGGGUCUCCUGGUGAGAGGGGACUAGCUGGCACUUCUGGACCUGUUGGACCUCCUGGCAGACCAGGUCCCCAGGGGCCUCCUGGAAACUCUGGAGAGAAGGGAGUUACUGGUGAGAAAGGCCCUAUUGGCCCGGCCGGUCGUGAUGGAGUCCAGGGUCCCGUGGGUCUGCCCGGCCCUGCUGGAUCACCUGGAGUAUCUGGAGAGGACGGAGACAAGGGAGAGGUUGGAGAGCAUGGACAGAAGGGCGGCAAGGGGGGCAAAGGAGAGCAUGGUCCUCCUGGUCCACCCGGGCCAAUGGGUCCUGUCGGUCAGCCUGGUCCUGCUGGUGCUGAUGGCGAGCUCGGAGCAAGAGGCCAGCAGGGGCCGUUUGGAGCUAAAGGAGACGAAGGAACCAGAGGAUUCCCAGGGGCCCCAGGUCCCAUCGGACUUCAGGGCUUGCCAGGACCACCAGGUGAGAAGGGAGAGACGGGAGAUGUUGGACCUCUGGGUCCUCCAGGCCCUCCAGGACCCCGUGGCCCUGCUGGACCCAGCGGUGCUGACGGUCCUCAAGGUCCUCCUGGUGGUUUGGGUAAUCCUGGACCUCUUGGAGAGAAGGGAGAGGCUGGUGAGGGUGGACCACCUGGAAUUGGAGGAGAGCCCGGAAAGAAGGGUCCACGUGGAGAGCGUGGAGAAAAGGGAGAGUCCGGACAACCUGGAACAGCUGGACCUGCCGGAGGACGAGGACGAGCCGGAGAUGACGGGCCCAAAGGAAACCCCGGUCCUGUUGGUUUCCCUGGUGAUCAUGGUCCCCCUGGUGAGCUUGGACCCAGAGGUCAAGAUGGUGCCAAGGGAGAGAGAGGAGAAGAUGGUGAACAAGGAGAAUCUGGCUCCCCUGGACCUUCUGGUGAGAACGGACCCCCCGGCCCCCUGGGAAAGAGGGGUCUUGCUGGAACAAGAGGACCAGAGGGACGUCACGGCGAGAAGGGAACUAAGGGAGACUCAGGUGCUAUCGGGGCCCCAGGAAAAACUGGCCCCGUCGGCCCUCAGGGUCAACCAGGAAAACCAGGAACAGAAGGUCUCAGAGGACUCCCCGGAUCAGUGGGUGAGCAAGGAACUCCAGGACUUGCUGGACAGAAAGGACCAGCUGGACCUCUUGGACCUCCCGGUUUGCCUGGCCUUCGUGGAGACCCCGGUGGCAAGGGAGAGAAGGGACACCCAGGUCUUAUUGGUCUCAUUGGACCCUCAGGAGAGCAGGGAGAGAAAGGAGACAGAGGUCUUCCUGGGCCUCAUGGAUCUCUGGGAUCUAAAGGAGAAAAUGGAAUGGCUGGAGCGUCCGGACCCUUCGGCCCUGCUGGUCCUCCUGGUCUGCCUGGUCCUCAAGGUGUCAAAGGCGCCAAGGGUUCUUCUGGAGGAUCUGGUGCAAAGGGAGAAAAGGGUGUACAAGGACCUGCCGGAGCCCCUGGCCCACCAGGAGAGGUCAUUCAGCCCCUGCCCAUCCAGAGGAGUCCCAAGUCCAAGCGCUCCAUCGACGCCAGCCAGCUGCUCUCUGAAACCGACUCAGAAAUGCCUGCUUCUGACGCCACUGGCUCUGAGUUCCUGAUGGGCAGCGAAGGCAUGGAGGAGAUCUUCGGCUCUCUCAACUCACUGCGACAGGAGAUCGAGACCAUGCGUUUCCCUCUGGGCACCCAGGACAGCCCCGCCCGCACCUGCCAAGACCUGCACCUCAGCCAGCCAGACCUCAAAGACGGAGAGUACUGGAUUGACCCUAACCAGGGCUGUUCCAGAGACUCCCUCAAGGUCUUCUGCAAUUUCACCAGCGGAGCAGAGACGUGCCUGUACCCGAGCACGAGCAUCAACUCGGUGAAGAUGAGCUCCUGGGACAAUGAGACUCCAGGAUCCUGGUACAGUCAGUUCACCACUGGUAGUAAGUUCUCCUACGUGGACUCUGCUGGUGAGCCGGUGGGCGUGGUCCAGCUUGGCUUCCUGCGUCUCCUGAGCGUUCAGGCCCACCAGAACCUCACCUACCACUGCCACCACUCAGUGGCCUGGGCCGACCGCAGCGCCAACAACAACCACAACCGGGCGCUGCACCUCCAGGGGGCCAACGACGAGAAGCUGAGCUACGAGACCAGCCCCUACAUCAAGGCCCUGGUCGAUGGCUGCUCUUAUCGUAAGGGCUUCGACAGGACAGUCCUGGAGAUCAACACGCCCCAGGUGGAGCAUCUCCCUCUGCUGGAUAUCAAGGUGUCAGACUUUGGGGAGAGCAACCAGCAGUUUGGCUUUGAAGUGGGACCUGUCUGUUUCCAAGGCUAAAAACACACACAUACACACACACACAUCAUGCAAAGAACAACACAAAUACUCACGCACACACACAUGCACUUAGAGACACACUUAUAUAUAAGAAACAUACAUGCCCAGUAAUUUGUAAAUUAACUUGUAAAUGAUAUGAAACACACACACAAACCCACAGACACACACACUUACACACGCGGAUGCUGUUGUGAGACAAACACGCCCUCACACUCACGUACGUGCCAGGGGAAAGCAACAUCCUCCCGACAAAUAAUGGACGGAGAAAAAAAAGGAAAGAGGAGAGAAGAAGAAAGAAACUCGCGGAGAGGAGACCAUCGUUUGGGCGCACGACCGCGAGAAAGGAAGAAAAAACCAGGAGAGUUCUUCGGAAUAAAACAGUGUUUUCUUUACCAGCAGCCACAGGGGCCGGCCUGAGACAGAGGGCAAGCCGGUAGCCUGAGGCCUGAAGCCCCCCGUCUCCGACCCCCUCUCACUUUUCUCUCUUCCCAGCCGUCUCUCUUUUUUUCCACUCAUCUCACCUGCUCUACCUCCCCCCUCCUCUUCCCGAAAAAGGGUCACUCUUGGACAUUAUUUAAAUGUCUUUGAUUCCGCGUUCCCACUGUGAGCAAUGUGUUUGACAGUCACUCCUUUAACAAUAGGUGCAAGACGCUCCUAUGUAGCUGUCUGCAUCUACGCUGUUUCAGCAUCGUGGUUUUGGUUCACUGCUUUGGCCUUUGAUCCUUUAGUCAUUCGUAUAGAAAGUUACUCCUGAUUUAAAGUUUUGAAUCAACUUUUCAUCACUUGCCAUUAGCCUUUUGACUCAUGAACCGAAUUCCAAACCAAUGAAAAGAGUAGAAACCUAACUGUGUCUGUUAAAUCACAGCCAGUGGUCGCAAAAGUUCAUCAGCGGCUCAGAUCAAUCUUUCUUCGUAAGGUCUAACUCAUCUGGUUGUCUUAUUGUGAAAUCCAGUGACUUGUCAAUCAUGUUGCUCACAAUGAAAACACAAUGAUCUCCCUAGCUUUUAUCUUACUACACAGAAAAGAACCAAAGAAUCAAAGCCACCAGUUUCUACCCAGAAAAAAGGAGAGAAUUAACCAAAUGAUACCAGCUGGCUGUUUUUUUGUGUAUUUUAAGCUGCCACUUGUCUAUUGUAAUAUUCUUUUAAUGAACACCUCGCAGUUUUAAAAAUCAAAUGUGAUUCAGGCCAGUAUAAUGUAAUCUUUCCGCCCUGAGAGCAGCAGAAACCUUAGUUGGAUUGUUCACCUCUAAUAAAGCAUGCAGUGAGGCAAGAAGAAGAUCCUAGAUCAGUGAAUAAAGCCAUUAUUUUGUAAACUGUGCUGAACUUGACACUAUUGUAAUUGCAUUUUACUUGUGCUUUUCAAAAAGAGCUGAUUCUUCUUCAGAUCCAGGAUCAGGCUACCAGGGUCGCUACCACACACCAGUCCAGUAUUUGCUGAGUCACUUUCUGGGUCCUUUGAAUAUUGUUUUCCAUCUGAUUUCUCAUCACAGCUCAGAACAUCGUCAGGGUUUAAAUACGUAUAUGAGAUGAAAAGGUCCCGCCUUCUUUUUCUUAAACAGCAGUGAAUAAAAUGCAUGCCUUACUGAAAGAAACUGUGUGGCAAGGUGUUACUUAUACCAAAGCAUAAAAGUCUUAAUAUUCACUUUGAGUCCUUCAUUUCCUUUAUUCUCUUUCCAUGAAGCUUUAACUGGGGGAAAUGUGCAUUACAUUCCAUUUGUACAGAAAUAGUGAUAUUCUAUUGUAUUUAUUUAAAAACAAACGGGGUGCUUUGAAAUAAAAAAUACACGGACCACCAAAUAUUCCAGUCAAAUGUGGUAUAUUUCAUUGUAUUUAUUUCCUGUAGUGCCUCACAUGUUAGACUCACUGCCAGCCUGAGUUAUGGUGCUUCUGUUCACGCCCUGUCCAAACUCCUUUUGUAGAACCAAAGAAUCUGUGGCCAUAUUUGAUUGUAACAUCCCUUUAUAGUGUUUUCAACGACUGUACUGUGCUGUUACAUUUUGCUUCCUCUGUAAUGAUUAAAUGGUGACUCUUCAGUUCUGUCACAUGUCCUUGUCGUUGCUACUGUUUGACUGGUGGUUCAUUGGUUUCAGGCUCAGAUUAUUGCGUAACAGGGCUUUCAAUUGCAACACAAGAACAGUUCUACAUUCAGGAGCUGAAAAUACUCUUCCGAUCUUUGACAUUUCUAUCUGAGACCACAGCGGGGAGGAGAAAGGUUGUGAGAGGGUGGAGACAGCUCUGUUAGCCACCAGUGGAUUAAAAGUGAUUCAUAAGAGUAUUGUUUAUAAGUAUAAUGUGGCUAUGGGGGGAUAUCAUACUAGUUCUGUUUUUUCUAUUUGUCUUUUUUUUACUAUAGCAGGGAAACCGGGCGGGAUGGCCUAAACCUAAAAAACGAAACAAUUCUGACCUUGAGAUUCUCCAGAGAGAAUUACCUCAAAUAUUUGUUUUAUUGUGUUGAAGACAAAUGUUUCAACAUAAGAAAUAUGGUGCUGAAAAGAGAAAAAAGUAUUAUUUUAUAAUGUGUGUAAGUAAUUUUUAAAAGAAGUCUUGUUUCUGUAAUAUAUCAUCUUUUA